AUGUGCAUUAAAACUACGAAAUUUCGUGAAGGAGCACGAAAUAUUAUUAAAAAAUGUACCAAUGCAACUAAUAUGGAUGUUGUUAUUUUUACUGGAUCAGGAACAACAGGUGCUAUUAGUAAACUUGUCAAUGUUUUACAUCUGAAAGAUGAAAACGUUCGAAGUACAACUGUUGUUUUUAUUAGUACAUUCGAACACCAUUCAAAUAUUUUACCAUGGAAAGAAGCUGGAGUUGAGUUUCUACGCAUUCCUAAUGAUAAACACGGUCUUAUUGAUCGAAGUUUUUUAAAAAAACAAUUAAAAUAUUAUCAUGAUAAAGUUAAAAAACAUAUUAUUUGUACAUUUAAUGCUGCCAGUAAUGUAACUGGUAUUAGAACUGAUGUUGAUCGUAUUUCAAAACUUAUCCAUAAAUAUGAUGGUUGGAUUUUUUGGGAUUAUGCAGCAGCAGCACCUUAUGUUAAAAUUGAUAUGAAUCCAUCAGAAAUGGCUUAUAAAGAUGCCGUUUUCAUUUCCACGCACAAGUUUGUUGGUGGACCAUCGACACCAGGUAUUUUAAUUGCUAAGAAAAAACUUUUUACCAAUGAAAUUCCAUCUGAACCUGCAGGUGGUACAGUAGAAUAUGUAAUUCCAACGCAUGUUGAAUACAUAAAAGAUAUAGAAACACGUGAAGAAGGUGGAACACCCGAUAUUCUUGGUAGUAUUCGAGCUGGCUUAGUCUUUCAUUUAAAGGAAUCUGUUGGUUGUCAUACAAUUGAAGCACGUGAAAAUACAUUAGUUGCAACAUUUUUUGCAAAAUUUCGCAAUCAUAGAAAACUAAUUAUACUUGGAUCAACAAAUGUUCCUCGAUUAGCAAUAUUCUCAUUUCUGGUUUAUGUACCAUUAUUUGGUAAAUAUGUGCACCAUAAUUUUAUUUGUGUUUUAUUAAAUGAUUUAUUUGGUAUUCAAGUACGAUCAGGAUGUGCUUGUGCUGGACCUUAUGUUUUAGAUCUACUUGGUAUUAAUAAUCAAACAGCAGAAAUUUUUACAAAAUUUAUUACAGCUGAUGAAAAUGGUCGAUUUACUGGAAUUCCCAAAAUUGACUUAAUGAAACCUGGUUUUACUCGACUUAAUUUAUCAUAUUUUGCAAGUGAUGAAGAAGUUGAUUAUAUUUUAAAUGCAAUUGAAUUUAUUGCAAAUAAUGGAUGGAAAUUUUUACCAUUAUAUACUUAUGAUCCAGAAACGGCUGUUUGGCGUCCUCGUACGAUGCCAUCAGAAAAUUAUUUUUCACAAUUUCAUAGUCUUCAAAUGAUUACUUAUGAAAAUGGUACAAUGGAAGCGAAUUUUCGACAGAAACAAAUUAAACUUUAUAAUUCAAAUGCUCCUCACUUAAUUAAAAACUCAUCUUCAGAUGAUCCGAUCGAAGAAGCUAAAUCAAUGGUAAAUAAUAUACCAAAAUAUGUUUAUGAAAAUAUUGAUUUUCGAACUGAUCCCCCAUUAAAUAUUCCAGAUGAAUAUCAAGAUUUUAUUUGGUUUGUUUUACCUAAAGAAAUUAUUCGAAAAAUAAUUAUUCAGUUUGAACAAAAUCAAGAAAACAAUUGUAAACCAGUAAUAUUUCGUCCAAAAAUGUACAAUGAAUAA